AUGCCGGCUUUGUCUAACGACAAUACCUCUUGUUACGCCAUUAAACGUAUUAUAACGCGUCCACCGCGCAACGAUGAUCCUCCCCGCGCCGCGUGCGCCCGCGCUGACGUACAAACACUGCCGCUGCAUACAAACUCGGGGGUCAAGUUGCACUGGCCGCGUUACACCUCAGAAAGCUUUGUUUGGGCGCGAUGCGACAAGCCAUUCAGUUAUCAGAUAAUAAAUGGUGUAGCGUUGAUAGGAAACCCCUGGCGG